AUGUCCAGCGACAUCCUCACCCAACUGCAAACCUGCUACGACCAACUCCUAACCCAAUUCUUCUCCACAAUCAGCUACCUCUCUCAACGACACGCCCUUGUAGCUCCCGAACCAGACCCGAACGACCCCUUCACAAACCCUCCCUCCGCGGCUGUCGUUGGUGCGGCGGCGUCAUCUCAAACUCCAAACCCCGUUGAUGCCGCGGCUGCUCAAUUGCAAGCCAGUGUAAACCCCGGGCCAGAGGAUACCGACCGCGCGCCAUUUCCUCUGCGCCCUGUGGCCCCGCAGACGUUCGCCAACGCGCAGCGGGAAUUGGCCGAAGAUCUAGUCCUGAAGGGCCAGCAGAUCGAAAUGUUGAUCUCGCGGUUACCCGGAAUUGGGAGAGGAGAAGAGCAGCAAGCAGAAGACAUCAGGAUGUUGGCAGAGAAGGUGCGGAAAAUGGAGCAGGAGAGGAAAGUGAAGAGGAGGGAAAUGAAGGAAUACGUGAGACGGCUAGAGAGUGUCGUCAUGGGAAUGGCAGAGAGUGUCGACUACGGCGCCGACAAUGGUCCGAACGGGCAUGGAUGA